AACCCUUGUUUGCAAAGCAUUCGUCUCUCUCUCGCUCUCUGGAGACAGGAGUGUGUAAAGCUUAUUCGUUGGUUGAGUGGCAAUGGAUUUGAUCGACAAGGCGAAGAACUUUGUGGCGGAGAAGGUGGCGAACAUAAAGAAGCCGGAGGCGAGCAUCACCGAUGUGGAUCUGAAACACGUAGGCCGUGACGGUAUAACAUACCAGGCCAAGGUGUCUGUUAACAAUCCCUACGGUGCACCCAUUCCCAUCUGCCAGAUCUCUUUCACCCUCAAAAGCGCCGGCAGGGUGAUUGCUUCGGGUACCGUUCCGGACCCAGGGUCGCUGAAGGGAAAUGAUAUUACGCUACUGGAAGUGCCAGUGAAGGUGCCACACAGUGUAUUGGUGAGCUUGGGGAGAGACAUAGGUGCAGAUUGGGAUAUAGACUAUGAAUUGGAUUUGGGUCUCACCAUUGAUCUUCCAGUCGUUGGAGACAUAACCAUUCCUCUCUCCAGUAAGGGAGAGAUCAAGCUGCCUACUCUCACAGACUUGUUUAAGUGAAAACUAUAUAUGUACUUUUUCUCCAAGUUGGUUAUGUUGUAGUCUUCUUUAAUCACAUUUUCUGGUACUUUUAUCUGAAAUUUAUAUAUCGGGUGUCCUUUUUAAUAACUUGUAUAUCUUGUUGGAAUGGGGUUUGUAUUUAUUAUUAUCAUCAGUAUAACUGGUUGAUUAAAGAUUUGACAAUAGCAGGAAGACCGUAUUUAUGAGCGUCAGUGAGUGUGGAAGACGUUGACACUUGACAUCAUGAACUUAAAAUUGGGGCUGUAUUUAUGAGGGAAAUUCUCUUCAUCUGAAGCAUACAUGAACUCUGGUCUUUCCUGAUGGUGAGCCACUUUGAUGUACCAC